AUGAAAAAACCGACAGACGCCCUCCUGCGGACAGUCCACAAGUCUAACAUCAGGACAGUCCUCACCUCUCAUCAGCGCCAAUUACCCCCAAUAUUAUCCAGAAUUUCAUUCUUGCAGCUGGCGGUUCUCGUGUCCCGUGAGCAUGACGCUGCAGUGCUCCUCAUUCCAACUCUCAUCGUCUUGUCGGCGGUCAACUUUUUCCUACAACGGAAGAAUAUCUUCAACGGAACUUCUGAGCCCCAAGAGUGUCGGGAGAUACCUGAGAGUCGUAUUUCAGAAUUAUCGGUCGCGUGGACCGGGAUUCUCAUGCACUGUUACGUGCGGCACGGGAACAACAGCAGCACCAUCCACUACCACACCCCGGCCAUCUACGACACAACCGACAUCUACUACGCGCCCAACUUCUACCACGGCAACAAUCCGACCUUCCAGCACGGCUUCGCCGUCUUGUGGUGCUUCAACAAUGCUAACAUUUGUUCUUGCAACCUUAGGAUUUGUGGCGUUUCUCAAGCAUCGAAGAGAUCCCUUCUCCGAGCAACUAGUUCGGAGUUAGACAGAAUCAUAGGAGGAACACCUGUUCCCAGUCAGAGAAAGUAUCCCUGGAUGGCAUGGAUGGGAAGAUCCACGAACGUGUUCAACUGUGGAGGGGCCCUCAUCAACGAUCGCUACGUCCUCACUGCCGCCCACUGCGUCCAAUCAAACCCAACAGGAACCUACUACGUGAGCCUGGGAUCCAAGGACCUAUUUCAAUGGCCAGCAGGUCAAGCCAUACAAGUUUCAGCAACGGCCAUCAUGCAUCCUCAGUAUAAUCCGAAUACACUGGAGAAUGAUAUGGCCCUGCUCAAACUUCAAACUCCAGUGAACUUCCAAGCUUACCCAAACAUUCGUCCCAUAUGUCUCUCGUCCACUGUCAACCCGGUUCCCGGUUCGGCAGUAACAAUCUCGGGAUGGGGCCGCACGCUAGGAAGUAAGUCCACCGUUUAUCGUGGGGAGACACGAGCGGAUAAUGGCCUUGUCCUCGCUGAAACUAAAAGAUUCGAAACCGCCUUUCAGGCAGCCCAAGCGUCUCGCAGGUUUUGA